AUUCACAGGUUUCGCCCGAAAGCAUAACUUUUCUAAUCCACGUCAUUUCCAGCGUUAACGGUCUCAAAUACCAUGUAAGAAAUAAUAAUUGGUAAAGAGAAGUCAAGAAAAGGAGAACCGACGACUUUAAAAAAAAAAAAGAAAAGAGCGAGAGAGAAACGAAGAAGUCGCAAAAAAUAGAAAAGGAAUUUUUUUUUUUAACAUUUUCUUAAAAAAUAGUCAGCAUGACUUUUCAUAUGAUUUUUCUGAUUCAUUUUGAAUGCAUGCCUCGGGAGUUUCAGGGGACUUCAGGAUGACCUCACACACACUCACACACACUCACACACACACAUGCUUUGCUUCUGUGUGACCUGAUUUUUGUCAUAUAUAGAAUUUUCUUCCUUCAGAUUCUGUGGUGUCUACGUUUGCCUCUGACUUCCUCCUGAGAGAUAGCGCCUUUUCAGCAGAGCAGCGUGUCCUAAACGCUUGCACCUCCUCCUCUGAGCCGCUUCACUCCAACCUGCAACCCGAGGAAAUCCGAGAGGAACGAGUAGAUAGAGGACAAGGGGUUAGUUUGAAAAAUACCAAGAAGAAGUGAUAGACGGUGGGGGAGUGUGUGUACGGGGCAAGAAGCAACGUGUUGGGCAGGAGGAAAAAAACAACAUAAAAAACGAGAAGACUGAAAGGAAGGAGGAAGUGUGUGUGAGAGAGAGAGAGAGAGAGAGAGGCAGAAUGAGAGACUCUACGAUGAGGCACUAAAAAUAUGCAUGCUUCUAAAAAGUGUACAAGGUGUGCAAACCUGUGUGUGUGUGUGUGUGUGUGUGUGCAUGUGUGUGGGUGGUUAGGUAGACAGUGACAUUUUGAUUAGUAAACAUGUCUCUAAAGCUGCCUCGCACCUGGGACCUAGCCACGCUCCGGGGUGAAAGUACCAAAAUAGCCAGGUCUAAGAGCGUGAUACCGGGAGACGGAGGUGUGGGGACGGCCCGCUCCGAUGUCAAGAGGUCGAUGGAGAAACCUCUGAAGAAAGGCUGGCUGAAGAAGCAGCGGUCCAUCGUGAAGAACUGGAAGCCGUGCUACUUUGUUCUCAGGGGGAACGUCCUGACGUACCACAAAGAUGACCGAGAGAGCGCCGUACAGGUGAGAGAUAAAAAAGGAACGAUCCCACUGGGGGCCAGUCAGGUGAACGAGCUGCCGUCCAACACAGACGACAAAUUCAUCUUCGAGAUCAUCCCACGGAAUAAUGGGGAUCGGGAGCAUGAUAGUUAUGUUCUCAUGGCAAGCAGUCAGAGCGAGAUGGAGGACUGGGUACGACUGAUCCGCCGAGCCAUCGGAGCUCAGGGCAGUGGAGUGUUCGGGAAGAGUCUGCCGGACAUCAUGGCCUACGAGAAGAAGCUAGGGCCUCGCUCGGUGCCCAUGCUGGUGGAGAAAUGCGCAGAGUUCCUCAGGGAACACGGAUUGGACGAGGAAGGCAUCUUCCGUCUGCCGGGGCAGGAGAACCAGGUCAAAAACUUCCGAGAGGCUUUCGACGCUGGAGAGAGACCUUCGUUUCCUAAUGACACGGAUGUCCACACGGUGGCAUCUUUACUCAAGCUGUACCUGCGUGAGCUGCCUGAGCCGGUCGUGCCCUGGACUCAGUAUCAGGACUUUCUGGACAGCAGCGUGACGCUGGAUGCUACGACGGCGGCGGGUAAGGAGAAGCUGGAGAAACAGAUCAGUCUGCUUCCUAAAGUCAACUACAACCUCCUGAGUUACAUAUGCAGGUUCCUGUUUGAGGUGCAGCAGCACUCGAAGGUGAAUAAGAUGAGCGUGGAGAACCUGGCCACAGUGAUGGGGGUGAACCUGUUCAAGCCGCAGGUGGAGGACGCUUUCAGCAUGAUGAAGGGGACGCCGAUGAUCCAGAAGGUGAUGACGGUGAUGAUCAGACACCACGAGCUGCUCUUCCCUGCCUCCAAAGACGCUGCUCCAUCUCCUGUUCCUGCUGCCAGGAAGCUGAAGAGCAAGAAAGCAGCAAAUCCACGCAAUUUUGUGGGUUGGGAGUCUGCAGAGUGCGAGAUGUCAUCCUUAUCCGAGUCCCCAGAAGAAGAGGAAGUGGAUGUGGUGUUUGAGGGCGAGAAGCCGGCAUCGAAGGUCACUCCUUCCUCUUUGUCCCCCACAUCGCCGCCUCAGUCAGACAUAAUGAGCGCGAGCCCGAGGAAGCGUACUCAGACUCUACCCAGCCUGUGUGGUCCCCCUGGCAUUAGAACAACGAGAGAUGCAUCCUUUGAUCGCUGGAGCUAUCUGCAGGAGACCCUGGAAGAGCAUGAGGAGAAGACAUUCUCGGAAGACAUCUUCAAGAUCCUGGACCUUCAGAAGGUGAAGUUCUUUCCGGACAAACAGAACAGCAACGAUAGUGAUGAAGGAAAGGAUAGCGUGCAGGAAAAUAGGAGGAGGAGCAGCAACGGUGCGGUUAAACCCACAGAACCUCAGCAGGCAAAAGUGGAACCUCAGGCCAAGCCAAAAGACAACUCCAUGCAGAGUUCACAGCCUCUAAGCAAGAUAGAGAUUGUGAAACUGCAGCCAGUGAGCGUUACGCAGAAACAAGGCGACAGCGGGACUGACCAACAGCAACUUAUUACCAGUCUCCAGCAGAAGAACAAGGAGCUACUUGCGACCGUGGCCAAGCUCCAGGCGGAGCUGGAGAAUGAGCGUCGCAGUAAAGAGCUUCUGGAGAAUUCGUUACGUAAGGCCGAGCACAGCAGGGACGAAACUCUGAGACGCAACCAGCAGCUGGAACGACAGGUAGAGGCGUUCAUGGGGAAAGCCAGACCGAUGUGAACAUGCACUCGGACAACCGACCACUGGGCCACUUUCGGUCGGAUGCGGUCAACCAAUUCAGUGUGGAAUGUCUUUUGGGUUUUAAUAAGCAUCUGGCUAUUUAUUUCCAUAUUUUUUACAAUGCCUUAUAUUUAAACUUAGAUUAUGGACAAUAAUAUAUGGAAUUCUAGUAUUUUUUCAUUAGGUAUUCAUAAAUAUUUUAUGCUUCACAGCGAGGUAAACAUUUUAUCUCACCUAUCAGUGGAUUAUUUAUCGGCUGGUACCGAUACGUGCUUAGGAAACAGUGUUCACAAAUAUGUUUCAAACUGGUUUAUAGAUCAUUUUCUCCACAGUUUGUUUUGUAGAUAUUUCCGUUCACCACCAGACAACGACACAAAACGUUAGACAAUAACAAUUCCUGUUGUUCCGAGAUUACUGGAUAAUAUAAAUGGACUGUUUUGCUAUGUUUUAGAGUUUUUUUGCUUUUUAAGCCAAUAUAAGUGCUCUAAAGUGUCUGUUGUUCCUGGACAGAAUUGAAUAGGGAAUUAUAAUUGUUUUUGGAUGUGCCGCAACCAGAAGAAGAACCAGUUCUUGUACCUCCUAAUAAAUUCCUAAUAAAUUCAGUUCACUAUGUGAA